ACCCCCCGCCAUUACCAGCACCUUCCUCUCUCUUUCUCACGCGCACACAGGUCCAUUGCCACACGACUCGUUUCUUCGUUUCCCGCCCUGCUCUGUUUCCUUCCAAGAAACAGGGGAGGAGGUCGAGCAAUGGGAGAAGGUAUUGACACGGUGGCCGGGUGCGGCUGGCUGACUUGGCGGGUGGCGGCGCUCGCCGUGCUCGCGUGGCUGGCGCUGCACGUCGCGGCUCGUGUCGCCGACGCGCUGUGGUGGCGGCCCCGGCGGCUGGAGGCGCACUUCGCGGCGCAGGGCGUGCGCGGGCCGCCGUACCGGUUCCUGCUGGGGUCGGUGAAGGAGAUGGUGGGUCUGAUGGCGGAGGCCUCGUCAAAGCCCAUGUCGCCGCCCACCUCCCACAACGCGCUCCCCCGCGUCCUCGCCUUCUACCACUACUGGCGGAAGAUCUACGGGCCGACGUUCUUGAUAUGGUUCGGGCCGACGCCGCGGCUGACGGUGGCGGAGCCGGAGCUGGUGCGGGAGAUCUUCCUCACGCGCGCCGAGGCGUUCGACCGCUACGAGGCGCACCCCGUCGUGCGCCAGCUCGAGGGCGACGGACUCGUCAGCCUCCACGGGGACAAGUGGGCGCUCCACCGCCGCGUCCUCACCGACGCCUUCUACCCCGACAACCUCAACCGGCUGGUGCCCCACGUCGGCAGGUCGGUGGCGGCGCUGGCAGAGAAGUGGCGCGCGAUGGCGGCGUCCAGCGGCGGCGAGGUGGAGGUGGACGUGGCAGAGUGGUUCCAGGUGGUCACAGAGGAGGCCAUCACGCGCGCCACCUUCGGCCGCAGCUACGACGACGGCCGCGUCGUGUUCGAGAUGCAGGGCCGGCUCAUGGCCUUCGCUUCCGAGGCCUUCCGCAAGGUCCUCGUCCCCGGCUAUCGGUUCUUGCCGACUAAGAAGAAUCGGCAGUCCUGGAAGCUGGACAGGGAGAUACGGCGGAGCCUGACCAAGCUCAUCGCCCGGCGUAGCGACGAGGCCGAGGAGGAGAAGGCCGACGACGCCGGCAGCUUCCGCGACUUGCUCGGUUCCAUGAUCAAUGACGGCGAGAGGAAGACGCGGGCGCCGUCGCCGAAGGCGAUUCCGGUUGAGGACAUGCUGGAGGAAUGUAAGACGUUCUUCUUUGCCGGGAAGCAGACCACGACGAACCUCCUGACAUGGGCCACCGUGCUCCUCGCCAUGCACCCGGAGUGGCAGGAGCGCGCCCGCCGAGAGGUCCUAGAAGUCUGCGGCGCCGACGAGCUCCCCUCCAAGGAGCACCUCCCCAAGCUGAAGACGCUUGGCAUGAUCAUGAACGAGACCCUACGUUUAUACCCGCCGGCGGUGGCCACCAUCCGCCGCGCCAAGAUGGACGUCCAGCUCUCGGACAGGUGCAUGAUCCCCCGCGACAUGGAGCUACUCAUCCCGAUCAUGGCCAUCCAUCACGACGCGAGGUUCUGGGGCCUGGAUGCUGCACAGUUCAACCCCGCGCGAUUCGCCAAUGGCACUGCCGGAGCAGCGAAGCACCCCUUGGCAUUCAUACCGUUCGGGCUAGGUUCCCGGAUGUGCAUAGGCCAGAACUUGGCCCGGAUGGAAGCCAAGCUCACCAUGUCUAUUCUGCUGCAACGCUUUGAGAUCCGGACUUCUCCAAGCUACAUCCACGCACCGACGGUCCUGAUGCUUCUUUAUCCGCAAUACGGAGCACCGGUGAUCAUGCGUCCCCGUUCAUCUCAAUCGUCAGAUCUAGCAGCCUUCUAGCCUAGCCACUCUGCCCGUCCUAAAACACAGUCCCUCUAACGUAAUUGCACGGGAUGACAUCGUCGCCAUACAUAUGACCUACUAAGAGUUAUCUCAUAUAUCAGUGUAAUUAGGUCGGAGGAUGUCCUUCUCUAUCUAAGCCCGCGUUCUUUUGUCAAAAUUGACAAAAAUGUUUCAACGAGGCAGGGCUAGAGCUGUGGGGCACCCUGACCCUCCAGAAGCCAUAGGACUUGCCCAGAAUGACCCAAUUACCCCUCCCCCAGCACCCCUGCGUAUAUGCCAAGUGAUAGAAAAGCCAAGAAGCACGAACUUUUUGUCCUAGCCUGUGCCUUGGGGCCCACCUAGGCUACCCAAAAUGCCCUCCUUAACAGACCGGAUCAGACCCAGCUUUUUAAGAUUUGAUGACAAACAAGAGGAGGCCCGGCCCCACCCUCCUCCGACCCUGUUUUGUUGCCUUGCUCAUGGCAUCUGGUGUAUAUAUUUGUAUAGAGGUUUAUUGAUUCCAUCUUCUAUAUAAUUCAGAAGAAAACGCAAGAAAAAAAAAAGAUUGAGAUGGCAGAGAAAUGAUGUGGUAUCUGUCUACCUUCGACACGGCAUUCCUCUCCUGCCGGUCUCGGUGAUCGUCCUUAAUAUACAAAGAAUGCCCUUGAUUAACAACUGUGAUUGUGUGCUGUUCUGUAAUCCAAUUUGUGCUGGUAAACCUGGCCUAAAUGAGUUUCCAUUCAA